UGUGAAUGUCAGUGUCAUUCAUAAACGGAAAACAGUUUGUCAUUGUCGGUGUUUUGUGAAUUUCUCCUGAACUUUUUCAAGAUUUAAAUAGAUUUUCUGUGUUUUAUUGAAGAAUAAUAUGAAUAUCACGUCAGCUGCGGGGGUAAUUUCCCUCCUAGAAGAACCCAGGCCCGAGCUUAAGAUCUUCGCUCUAAGAAAAUUGGACAGCAUCGUAGACGAGUUUUGGCCUGAAAUAUCUGAGGCUAUCGAAAAAAUUGAAAUUCUCCAUGAAGACAAAGUAUUUCAGCAACACAACUUGGCAGCCCUAGUGGCCAGUAAGGUCUACUAUCACUUGGGAGCUUUCGAGGACUCCUUAACUUAUGCACUGGGAGCCGGAGAUCUAUUCGAUGUCAAUGCACGCUCCGAAUACGUGGAAACAAUUUUAUCUAAAUGCAUCGACUAUUACACUCAACAAAGAAUCGCUUUGGCAGACGGAGUCACUGGCACCAAACCUCUUGACCCCAGAUUGGAAGCAAUUGUUAACAGAAUGUUUCAGAGAUGUCUGGAUGAUGGGCAAUAUCGUCAAGCCAUGGGUUUGGCCCUGGAAACCAGACGAAUGGAUAUUUUUGAGGCAUCAAUCACUCAGUCUGAUGAUGUUAUUAGUAUGCUCAGUUAUGCUUUCCAGGUUGCAAUGAGCCUAAUCCAAAAUAGGGGAUUCAGGAACACAGUAUUAAGGUCUCUGGUGGGGUUGUACCGCAGCCUAUCGACACCAGACUACGUAAACAUGUGCCAAUGUCUGAUUUUCCUGGAAGAUCCACUUUCUGUGGCCGAAAUUCUGGAUAAAUUGGUGUCAGGCAGUGAGGAGAACCAGCUAAUGGCUUACCAGAUUGCUUUCGAUUUGUAUGAAUCUGCUACCCAGCAGUUUUUGGAAAGGGUGAUGAUCGCUUUGAGGUUAACAGCUCCUGUACCCAGUUUAUUGGAAAUUAAGCAGAGGAAACCAGAGGAGGUUCCAGUAACGGAUUCUACCGAGGCCAGUGCGGAACCUAAAAUAGAAGUACCCACUUUGGAUUCUCUGAGUGACGUGGAGAAGGAACGCCAACUGAGAAUCCAAAAGUUACACACCAUAUUGUCCGGAGAGGUUUCCAUAGAGCUGCACCUGCAAUUUUUGAUCAGAUCGAACCAUGCGGACUUGUUGAUAUUGAAGCAGACUAAGGAAACGGUCAGAGUGAGCAUCUGUCAUACCGCCACUGUUAUCGCAAACGCUUUUAUGCACAGUGGCACCACCAGCGAUCAAUUUUUGAGGGAUAACUUGGAAUGGUUGGCGAGAGCGACAAACUGGGCCAAACUAACAGCCACAGCAUCCCUUGGGGUCAUACACAGGGGUCACGAGAACGAGGCUUUGACCCUAAUGCAAAGUUAUUUACCGAAGGAAGUGGGGCCGAGUUCUGGCUACUCCGAGGGCGGCGGUCUUUACGCUUUAGGGCUGAUCCACGCCAACCAUGGCGCCAAUAUUAUCGAUUACCUGUUGGGACAAUUGAAAGAUGCACAGAACGAGAUGGUUAGACAUGGAGGAUGUCUAGGUUUAGGUUUGGCCGCCAUGGGCACCCACAGACAGGACGUUUACGAGCAAUUAAAGUUCAAUUUGUACCAAGACGAUGCGAAUACUGGCGAAGCAGCCGGUAUUGCCAUGGGAAUGGUGAUGUUGGGGUCGAAAAACGCUUCGGCUAUCGAAGAUAUGGUUGCGUACGCCCAAGAGAGUCAACACGAAAAAAUCCUGCGUGGUCUCGCGGUGGGAAUCGCGUUCAACAUGUACGGACGUCUGGAGGAGGCCGAGCCUCUGAUCAACCAACUGACCACCGACAAAGACCCCAUCCUACGUAGAUCCGGCAUGUACACCAUCGCUAUGGCCUACUGUGGUACCGGACACAACCAAGCGAUCCGGAAGCUUCUUCAUGUUGCCGUUUCCGACGUAAACGAUGACGUCAGACGGGCCGCCGUAACCGCUCUGGGCUUCCUUCUAUUCAGAACUCCAGAACAAUGUCCCUCGGUCGUCUCUCUAUUGGCCGAAUCCUAUAAUCCGCACGUGCGCUAUGGCGCAGCUAUGGCUCUGGGUAUCGCAUGCGCUGGAACUGGCUUACGCGAAGCUAUCGCUCUCUUGGAGCCCAUGGUCAUGUUCGAUCCGGUCAACUUCGUCCGACAGGGGGCGUUGAUCGCGUCCGCGAUGAUUCUGAUCCAGCAAACCGAGCAGACCUGUCCCAAAGUGAACUUUUUCAGGCAGACCUACGCGCAGGUGAUCUCAAACAAACACGAAGACGUAAUGGCGAAAUUCGGUGCGAUUUUGGCCCAAGGGAUCAUCGACGCUGGCGGUAGAAAUGUCACCUUAUCCCUCCAAAGUAGAACCGGUCAUACCAACAUGCUCGCCGUGGUCGGUUCCCUGGUGUUCACCCAAUAUUGGUACUGGUUCCCGCUUGCCCAUUGUUUAGCCCUGGCUUUCACCCCAACCGCUUUGAUCGCCUUAAAUGCCCAACUAAAGAUGCCCAAACUCGAACUAAAAUCCAACGCCAAACCGAGUCUCUAUGCCUAUCCCGCUCCGAUGGAAGAGAAAAAACGAGAGGAACGUGAAAAAGUCCAAACGGCCGUACUUAGUAUCGCCGCACGUUUGCGCAGACGCGAUCACGACAAACGUCACCGCGACGAGAAAAUGGACGUGGACGACGAGAAAGACGAGAAGAAAACCGCCGAUAAAGGAGACGAUAAAAAAGCGGGCACCUCAUCGUCCACCGACGACAAAUCCAAAGAAAAGGACAAGAAAGACGAGAAAGAGAAGGAGGAAAAGAAGAAGGAACCGGAACCGACCUUCGAGAUCUUACAGAACCCCGCUAGGAUCCUGAGACAGCAGUUGAAAGUGGUUUCUUUGAACGAUAACAGUCAGUAUGUGCCGAUGAAGGACGUCGGGAUCGGAGGGAUUAUUAUGGUUAGGAAUCUUAAACCCGGGGAGGAGGAGCUGGUUGAGCCGGUUCAAGCUUGUGGACCAAAAGGUGAAGAUGAAAAGGAGCCGGAGCCCCCAGAGCCUUUCGAGUGGCUCGAGGAUUAAAUUACAGGCACAGGAUACGUCUCAGUAUAUAUCAUCAAUAUCAAUAUAAUCGCUGUCUGUGUUUUUUUAAUUUAAACACAAUUUUCAAUAGGGACUUAGAGUUUAAUUUUUGAAUGUUACGUGCUUAAUAUAACCUAUUGAUGCAUCA